AUGGGGCAGACUGAGAUGACCCCUGGGGUGAACAUGAACCACGAAAUCAUUGAAGUAGCCAUGGAUACUUCCGGGAUCCUGCAGAUCCUCUGGGAGGCGCUGCCGCAUGGUCUUCGCAUCUGGCUGCGGAAGCGGAACGGCGACACUGGUGAAGAGGUGGAGGAGAAGCCGAACAAUCGAGCCUUGCAACACCUGCUCGCAAUGAAGUUUUGGCACGGCUGCUAUGGAGUUUGCAUUUCCAGCAUGCUGCUUUACUACGUGACCUACGUGCUUCGCAUGAGCAGCUGGGGCCGGGUGCAGGUCAUCGUGGGCGCCGGCUUCGCAGCGGGGCUCACGGAAGCG